GCUCCUGGAGGGUGUGGCUUGAUUGGAGUUUGUGAUAGAAGAAGACGACUCGACAGAAGAGAGGAGAAAAGCUUUAAAGAAAAUGUCCUCGGUACCAGACGGGAAGAAGCUGGUCCGCAGCCCCAGCGGCCUCCGAAUGGUCCCGGAGAACGGCGCCUUCAACAGCCCGUUCUCCCUGGACGAGCCGCAGUGGGUCCCGGAUAAAGAGUGUCCGAGAUGCAUGCAAUGCGACACCAAGUUUGACUUCAUCAGACGAAAGCACCACUGUCGGCGCUGCGGCCGCUGUUUCUGCGAUAAAUGCUGCAGCAAGAAGGUGGCGCUGCCCCGGAUGUGCUUCGUUGACCCGGUGAGGCAGUGUGCAGAGUGCAGCCUGGUCUCACAGAAGGAGCUGGAGUUCUACGACAAGCAGCUCAAAGUGCUGCUGGGAGGAGGGACGUUUGUCGUCACUUUGGGAACGUCAGAUAAAUCUGAAACCAUGACAUGCCGCCUCUCCAACAAUCACAGAUACCUGUUCCUGGACGGUGAAAGUCACUUUGAGGUGGAGCUGUCCCGCAUCUCCAGCAUGCAGAUACUGACAGACGGGACGAGUCCAGGAGAGGAAGACGUUCACACUUACACCAGCCUACUGGACGGCCUGUGUGUCUCUGAAGGAGGGACGUCGCGGGCCAGUGGGAUGCUCCUCCAUUACAAACCAAUGGGCUCCCAGGAUGCCCAGCAGCUGCAGAUGGAGGCUGCAGAAGACAAGAAGGUAGCGUCGCUGUGGCUCGCUGCAAUGCACAAGGCGGCCAAGCUGCUGCACGUAGCUCGAGACCAGUGACGUCCAGGGGGGAACGGAGGCAGCACACACCCAAGUGUUUUCCAGCUGAGUCGGAUUCAGAUCGGGUUUGCUCUCAUCACCGCAGAUUCACUUUAUCCAUCUGAUCUCUUAUCGGUUAUUUAUGCGAGCUCGCCAUUGUCAUGUUUUUUUUUGUUGCAAGAAAUCUUUCUAAAAGGAGAAAAAGAGCACUUCACUCACCUCUAUAAGCAGUACUCUGUCUAUUCUGCGUUUUCUCUCCGUUCAACGCUCCAGUCUGGUUUCACUCACUAACUGGGCCGUGCAGAUGAAACGUUUUUACAGAACGUCGAGGCUUGCUAAUGUUGGAGGAUUUAAUAUUAAUUCAGAAAUGUUACUCUGUAUUCUUAUGAAGGUUGUACAACACACUUUUUACACUCGGUUCAUUGCGCAGGGAUUUUAAACGCUGCUGUUUGUGCAGGGAUGACAGAACCAAGUCGUAUCUUCCAGUUCCAAACUCUUUCUAAGCACAUUAAAGGAAACAUGCAGCUUAACUUGUGGCACAAGGUUGAGAAGCAGAUAUAUUCAUCUUUCCUUGGUAUUAAGAAGCUGUAGUUGUUGUCUGAAUUCCUUUGAAAACCAAGUAAGAACUGGGUCUUCUGUUCUACUUUACAUUAGCUCUUUUAAACUAUUUUAAAACUUUUUUUGAAAACAACAAUCACUUCUUCUAGAGCUUUUUUCCAUGCUGCCACUUUCCUACAUUGUGCAUGGAUCUGAAUUUUCUUGGCGGCCGUUUCCAGUCUCAGCGUUUUGUAAAGCUCUAACCUGCCCAAACAAUUAUUUUCCUAAAGAACAACGGCAGAAUAUAGAAAAACAUAGAAACAGCAUUCCAAUUUUCUUUGUAUCCUUCCUGUUGAGAGAACCUGUUAGGCUUCUUCCAUCUCUGUGCUUCCUGUGGCCUCAGUUUGGAACACCUCACUGAUGGUGAAAAUGAUUACAGUAACAGUCAGUCUUCACUCAGUAACGACUUCCACACCGAAAUCCAUCGUUACUGUGACCCAUCUCUCUGUCUGUAGAAUGUCUGACCCUAAAGUUGACCUUAAAGUCCCCAACACUGGGUACCAGCUGUCUGUUUGGUGGGUCUCUAAUUUAAAUGUGCAUGAACAUGUUAACUUGCUAACGUUCAACUCUGAAGGAUUUCCUGAACUGAUUUUGCUAAUUACAGUAGAAAACCGCUUCUGAGGCAGAAGUGAGAAAUAUUAAGUGCUAGGGAGGACAGAGGACUGUCAAAAUGUUGCUACACUUUCUCAGUCAGCUGCAAAAUAUGUGCAUAAUUUUAAUAGAAAAUAAGGAAAUGAGAAGAAGAAGGUCAUCGGCUUUAGAGGCAACAGCCAAGAAAGAAGGCACAGAAACGGACUGAAAGAUUCUGUAAGUGUUUGAAGUGUUCAGGAUUUUCUGGAUGAGGCCAAACCCAGAAAACACACCCAUCUGUCCAGUUUCUGAUAGGCUGAUAUCACUUGGUCCUUUUUUUGGUUUAUUGUUUUUGUUUUAGUUCCCCCCCCCCCCCCCCCCCCCCCCCCCCCCCCCGAUUUUUGACUAACUUGCACUCUAACUCGUCUGCUUCUGUGUCUAAUGAGCUUCAGACUAUUCACUGACCAAAGUGAGGAAUAAACACAGAGGAACUUUAAUUGUAGUUUCAUGUAUAAAAGUUUUCUAUGAGCUAUUGUGUUAACUAUUCCUGCUUUGAGUAACAGCCUGUCUGUUCUUCCAUCUUUUUUAAACUAAACUGUAUUGAAGUAUUAUAGUCACUUUAUAGAUUUUAUUUUGAUUUGUCACCUCUGUGUGAUGUGGAGCAUUUUAGCAGAGGCAACACACUACAGUAACUCUGAAAAACUGUUACCUGGCAACAGACCUAGCAUGUGCUAAUGUAAAAAUAAAACCAGGUAAUUUGAAAAGGCUGCUGAUAUUUUUAGAGUUCCAUUUCAAAUAGGUUUAUGGGUAUUUGUGUGUAUUCUUGGGAAAAAAAACCCCACCAUGAAUUCAUCACAUUGAUGUAUUUGGGAAAAAAAGACAAUUUAUAAAUUGAGAUAAAUAUCUACUAUUGAAAAUUUAUUUGAAAACAUAAUUUCAUUUGUAUUUCUAGGAUUCAAAGACGAACAUAAAAUUUAGCAAAAAGAUUUAUUUUUUUUCCUCUGGGGCCAAAUAUUAUGAAUAAUAAAAUGACAAAAAGUUCAGAUCUAUAAAACAUUUUGCUGGUGUUUGUAGUAGAAAUUCAAUGCAAAGACAGGAAUAAACUGAGAAACUGUUUUAAAAAAACCUCCAUCUUAUUGUUUAAUUUUUAGUCAAAGUUAUUGAGAGCCAUAGCUGAAGGUCUAAAGGGCCUCUUGUGGCUCCGGAGCCACAGGUUGCAGACGGGUGUAGAGUUUUCCACCAUGCUUCUACGGUUCUAUAAUCUCGGCUGUAGUGAGGUGGACGUGUAACAUCGUGUUAGCAUGAAUGAUUUGAAAGCACGUGGUGAUUUAUGAAGAGGAUUCAUGGAAAUACGGUUUUAAAGGAGCUUCUGAUUUAAAAGUAAAUUUCUUGAGAACUAUUCAAAAGCUUCUUUAGUGUUGAGGUGGGGAGAACAGAUCGCCUCUCCGGUUCUGUGGAGGUAAAAAUCUGACUCUGGUCAGUAACUGACUUCUCUGUGGAUCUCUAAUCAUUUAACAAGGAGAUUCUUUAGUAAACCUGCUCAGUAACAAUUCAGAUGCCAAUGUUUGUUACUGUAGUGUCGCUGACUCCCCCAGAAUGCUCCUGUGUAUCGGCGUGUAUCUUAUUUCUCCACAUGAACAACAACAGAAUGAUUCUUGUAGCACAAAAUUGAUCAGCGAAAUGUCUGUUGGCAUGCCGCCUUCACCUCACGAAUUAAAACACAUUUCUUCAGCUUAAUUCUACUUCAACGCACAGAUGUUUUGUUUUUUUGAUCACAUGAUUUAGAAGGUUUAGAAGAUGGAGAAAGGCAAGCCCUAACCCCAAAAAAGAGAUAUGAAUAAGAAGCAAAACUGUACUUUAAAUAAAGGAGUGGCAGACUGUGCAGCCCCUUCAUUAUAAUUCUUUCUAUUUUUUAACCAAAUGUAAACUGCCGUUGUGUACGUGUGCAAUCUGUUCUGCUCUGAGUACACUACAAUGUUUCUCCUUCUUGUUUGUUAUGUUGCUGACGGCGCCACAUGUUGUCGGACCUUUCUGUUCAAAAUAAAAUCAAAUGUUUAUACAUAA